AGUAUCCGUCUUGGGAGACCCUAGUUGUGAGGGCAGCGCGAGACUUAAAGCGCCGUACAUCAGCUGGUAUACCAACACCAAGCAUGGUCGUCUUCAAAUAAGGAGUGUCUCACUGUAUUGGUUUGAAAAAUUUAGCGCAAUUCAGACGGCACUAUUUUCAAGGUUAAACUUGCAGACAAUAAUUGUGAACAACGCAGAAGAGUGCGGAGCCCGGCCCUGCUUUCACGCGCUAUAUCGUGUUAACACGUAAAUAAUUGUAAUAUUUUAUUACCACACUGGAGAUGUGUAUCCUAAUUAAGUUUUGAGAAAAAAGUUCUAAAGGUAUACGAAACUGUUGGAUACCACAGAAACGCCAGGUUUGUUACCUAUGGAAUCUAGCUGUACGUGGACGUUACGUCAACAUUCUAUCCUCAUUCCUGGAACGAUAUCUUCGAUAUGUCACGUGAUUGAGCAAUUGUAACUUGUCACAAGCUACAUGAUCAGUUAAUUCCCUGAUAACUGUUAUUACAGGGAAUAUCUGCUAUCAGAAUAAGACUUAAUGAUAAAUGCGCUGACAGCAUUCAAUCGAUGUCUUUUAUUUUCAAUUUACACUUCGUCAAAGCAAGCCUGUGGGGAGAGCCGGAGCGGGUUGUCUUAUGUCAAUUGUACAUACGGGAACAACUCCUCCGAUAAUUGUUUUCAAUGUCAAUUUACUAUUGUGAACUUAAUAUUCUUCUCGAUUUUCUGUACUUAAAUUACCAAUUAUACCGAGUAAUCUCCAGCAAUUCUCAGCACUAGCAAUUGUUGUGCUUCAUCAUUAAAAUCGGAUAACCUGUCCUGUUCAAUGCAUUUGACAUUAUUGGGAUAAAUUGUUGUGUAUACCGUUCCGCCUUGGAGGAAAAGAGUGUCAAAUUGUCAAUUAAGAAAUACAUUUUCUCAGUAGUGCUUGCCCGCGGACAGACUCUAAUUGAGUAAAGAUGAAGCUGGAGAUAUUAGUUUUGAUGACGGUUGCUAUGGGAGAAAUUCUUUCUGUGACGUCACAGGAAUGUCCCGCGUUCGGAAGAAUAAAGUUUGGCCGAGUAAAGUACCGGAGCAGGCGUAAGAUUGCCAGAUUCCGUUGCAGGCGAAGAUAUACACUUCUAGGUGCCAAGUUGUCGAUUUGUUUAAAAGGAGUAUGGAACCAUCCGGCUCCCGUCUGUAUAGUACCCGGAUGUGAAAUACCAGAUCCUCCGAUGUAUAUGAUAAUGACACCCUCUAAAAAUGACGCACUGCUGACGUUAGAAUGUCAACCAGGCUACCAGCUACAAGGUCCCGAGUCUGUAUACUGUGACGGGAAGAAGUGGAGCGACUCUAUAUCUACGUGUAAUCACAUGGAGCCAGCCAUCCAGUGUGAUUUUGAGAACAGUCAACUUUGCGGUUGGACGCAAUACAGGGGAGAUGAUUUCGACUGGACGAUCAACAGCAGUGGCACUUCUACAGACAGGACUGGUCCAGAUAAUGACCACACGUUUGGCUCGGCCAAUAACGGUCAUUACCUGUACAUGGAAUCUUCCUCGCCGCGUUCGGAAGGAGAUAGUGCUAUAGUUUUAUCUCCUCCCUAUCGAGACCUUCCGAAUGGAACUUGUUUCGAAUUUUAUUAUCACAUGAUGGGAAAACCUGGUCCAAAUGAGGUUGGUAGUCUGUAUGUGUACGUACGACGAGGCGAUGAAGCCAUUGAGGGCAUGGUUCCUUCAUUUAACGUGUCUGAGCACCAGAGCCCUGAUUGGUUGAGAGGGAGUUUCGAAAUUGGUGACGUCAAUUCUUCAGUACAAAUUGUGAUCACUGGUAUCCGAGGUAGGAGCUACAUGGGGGACAUCGCCAUUGAUGACGUCAGACUGUACAAUUGUUCGGACCAGGUCGAUGACGUAACAACUGAAAGUGAAAUCGAUACAACCAUACAAUGGACGACAUAUAUACCGGAAGUGACGUCUAUGGUACCUGAUGAUGUAUCGACAUUUUCCGAUAUUGUUACAACAGAUAUCCCAGACGAAAUCACAACAACAAAUAUAUUGGUGACUUUUGAUGAUCAUCUCGUGACUUCAACAUCUGACGCUGAUGUAUCUACUUCUACUUCCGUUUCGAACACAACCGCCAUCCUGUCCAACACAACGCCUGAUGUUGUUGACGUGACAACAGAGUCUUCAACAACAGAGAAUAUUAUGACAGAAAUAACAUCGAAACCAGCAACAUCUGUUAUUUCGACACCAAAAAUGAUACAAUCGCCGACAACAGAAGUUGUCACGACGAACGCAACAACGUCUAGUACACCAAGAACAACAUCGACAACGACCACCAAAGCUACAACAACUAUAAGAAGAACUAAACGGCCAUCAACUACUACAACAUCAGUAACGACAACUCCGACUACUACAACAACGACAAUGUCGACGACGACAACAACAACGCCGACAACAACAACGCCGCCGACAACAACAACAACAACAACAAAAACAACACCGACAACGACGAUGUCGAUACCCACAUCUCCAAAACCGACAACAAAAGCGACAACUCUUAAACAAACCACAACACCAUUAACAAGUACAGUUAAGGAACGUAAGAGUACAUCACCUUCAACAACAACAAAAACUGAAACAACACCAAGAACAAGGACAACACCAACGACAACACCAAUAACAACAACAACAUUGACAAUACAAUCAACACGUAACUCAGUAGCUACCGAGCGAAAUUCCAACACAUCCACUAUAAAUACGGCAAGAAGAAGUACAACUACAAUCUCUGAAAAUGCUAUACCGGAAGUAACAAGAACACCGCAAAACAAUAAUGAAACAGACAUUCCAAACGUGAUUCAGGUUGGUAAAACGUCCACCCAAUCAAAGGGUCCCGUUAAACCUUUGAUGAUUGGCGUUGGAGUGGGAGUGGCUAUUGGUCUAGCCAUUGUCUUGGUAAUAGUGUUUUUGUAUAUGAAGAAGCACCGAAAGAAACACGACGAUAUGGAAGACGAAAUGUCUCCUAUAGCUAGAAACGCUUACAGUGAAUGGUAGCUUACAGCGCAAAUCUAUUAAAUAUUAAAGCCAGGCAAUUAUUCUGUGACAUUGGGUAGUUAAUGAGACCAGAACUGUAUUAGCUUGUUGUUACUUAUUCUCAUUUAACAAUAAUUCAGCAGCCGUGAUUGCAUGGUUCCUUACACGGAAUUUCCAAUGACCUAGAAUGAGUUCCCAUAGUAACGAUGCUGCUAUGGACUUCUGAAGGUUAUGGAGUUCCGAUGACUUGUUCAAGACAAUGGAACUUAUAAAUACUUUCCACGGAUGAUUAUGAUUAGGGUUAUAUGGCUUAAACACUCUUCCCAAGUCUAUGUGCUUCAAUACACAGCGCAUGUCAUUAGGUCUUUAUAAAUGAUUUACACGUUCUUUAGACGGUGUUGUGGAUUAUGUGUACUUCCGAAGAGUUUUAUAUGUAUAUGACGUACUUCAUACAGCGUCAUUGCUUACAUAUACACCUCCCCGAGCUAGAUGUACUUCGCGUACACUGUACCUCACACGGUGUUGUGGCAUGCGUGCACUUCCAAAUACUUUUUUAUAUGUGUAUGACGUACUUCAUACAGCGUCAUUGCUUACAUGUACACCUCCCCGAGCUAGAUGUACUUCGCGUGCACUGUACCUCCCACGGUGUUGUGGCAUGCGUGCACUUCCAAAGACUUUUUUAUGUAUUUGACGUACUUCAUACAACGUCAUUGCUUACAUAUACACCUCCCCGAGCUAGAUGCACUUCACGUACACUGUACCUCACACGGUGUUGUGGCAUGCGUGCACUUCCAAAUACUUUUUUAUAUGUGUAUGACGUACUUCAUACAGCGUCAUUGCUUACAUGUACACCUCCCCGAGCUAGAUGUACUUCACGUACACCGUACCUCCCACGGCGUUGUGGCAUGCGUGCACUUCCAAAGACUUUUUUAUGUGUAUGACGUACUUCAUACAGCGUCAUUGCUUACAUAUACACCUCCCCGAGCUAGAUGUACUUCACGUACACUGUACCUCACACGGUGUUGGCAUACAUGUACUUCUAAAGACUGUUAUAUGUAGUUUAAGUACUUCAUACAUGUGUACAUCAUGGUUGCUUAUAUGUACAUACGUACGACAAUUAAGUUAUCCCCACGGUGUUGAUGCAUACAUAUUAUACUUCCCUAUAUCUACUAUAUCUGAUUGGCUGUCUUGUUGUUCCAAUUGGUAUUACUUGGAUUUGAUUUAAUCGUGAAUCAAUUUCAUGGACUCUCACUUAGAUACUUUAACCUAUUGCACUGCGAAUAUCGUAGUUUCUGCCGUGUAAUAUCCCAUGUUUAUUAACACUGUAUAUAUGAUAUGAUGUAAAUGUUUGUAUUCUAACAUAGUUAAAUAAUUGUCCAAUGUGAUUGAUAUCACCAUCAACAUGCCUGUAUGUGCCUAAAUCUAUAUAGUAUUUGUAUGCAUGGUAGUUGUAUUGUGUGACUUCACACUAAACUGUGUCCUGUUGUGUGACGUCACACUAAACUGUGUCCUGUUGUGUGACGUCACACUAAACUGUGUCCUGAUGUGUGACGUCACACUUACAGGUCGUACUGCGUAACGUCAGCCUUAAACCUGCCACAGGAUGACGUCACAAAGAAAACAUACGAUAUGACGUAACAAAGCACGUGCCUUUGUCAUAAGAAUGUCUGACUCCAUACUUUCUUUUCUAACUGUCAUAAAUAUUGGUAUUAAAUUGAAUAUACAUGUUGAAGAAAAAUAUUUCCAUUGGACACUCUUAAGCAAUCUUGCCUGUGAUUCCAAUUUAUCAAAGUUUCGUCUAAGACAACAGUUUACCAAAAUUCCAUUUGACACGACAGCCAAAUUUGUGUCUGAUCUCUUCUAUCAAAAAUCUGUCCGAAUCUAGCUGCUAUAGUCUACUUGAGUUAUUUCCCCUGUCAUAACUUAUAUUAUCAAUGCAGCCAGUCUCGCGCUUAAGGUAAAGAGUAUUUACAAUUUUAACUAUAUUAUAUCCUCGCAACUAUUGUAAAACAUUUGUUUUUGUCUUCAAAGAAAUAUUCAAUUAAAAAUUACAAAAAUUGAAUGUUGCGAUGCGUUUUACAGAACAAUGGAUGUUUGAAAAAAGAAAGAAAUUAAAAAGAAAAAAAUAUGAAAAUUACAGGGGUCGAACUCGGGGCCUUUACAUUGCCCAGAUACACUUUUUUCAAUAUUGCCAUACAGAAAUUAUGGAAGUUCAGCUUCAAAGUGAGUGUCCGAUUUAUGGGCCGCAAAGUCGUUGAAUAACUUGACAGGGGACAUCACUCAAAGCCAGAAAACUCCUUUGGGUUGCUUUGUCUUCUAUAUGCAAGGGAUAAUACUCCAAGUGUGACAGCGUUUUAUAAACUCUUUUUUUUGCCAUUACAACUGAAUCAGAGGUACAUUUUACCUUAACUCUGUACGUGUUUAUAGAAGACAAAUGAGAUUGUAUAUAUAUAUUGUAUACAUGUUACUUAUACUGUUUGUAUAGAGUUUAUAAUUAUUUUUUAUUUCUUUAUCUGGCCAUGGGAAGUGAGGUAUUUUUUGGUGUAAAAAGUCUAACAGAAAAUAAUCUCAAUACGUUCUAGGAUUGAUUAAUGCUUAUUUUUCUAUUCAAUUUGGUAUAUACUUAUUUUUUAUACAAUAAACAAUUUAAUUGUGAGUAAAUGUUUGCGGUUGUUUUUGUGAGAAAAAAUUAGGAUGUAUCUUAAUUCUGGUUCUGAUAAUGUGAUAAAACUAUCCCAUUUGAUAUGAGAGAAUGUUAUUAUAUUUCUCUGCGAAUUUCCGCAGAAAAGCUUAUAAAGGCUUAAUAUGUGUUAACAUAUGUUUUAUAGCUUUUUAUUAAUACUAUCAUUCAAAAACAAAGCAGAGCGCAAAGAACUAUUACAUUUGUACACAUGACUGUUGUUCCAGUCAGCAAACGGUUCGGGUAUUUCCGUCAUAAUUCGAACUUUGACGGAAAUCCCGGAAUGAUUUCCGAUUGGUGUCUGUCGGAAGUAGUACACAACCUUAUUCAGCAAAAUCAGACUGUUCCACCACUUCUGCUAAAAAGUUUGUUGGUAAUAUGUAGUGAAAUAAAAGAACCACAAAUUAGUA